ACAUACUCCAGACAGCGCAGGUUCCGUCUCUCCUCCCGCCAGGCUAUGAGCUCCUCUGGCCAGCUGUUUUUUUGUUUUUUUUCUGCGGUCAGUGCUGUGCCAGCCCCAGGGGGGGGAGCUCUUAGCCCGGGGGAUUUGACGGUAUUUCCGGGGCACGGGACAUACAGUCCCAGACCGGGACUGUCCCAGUGAAACCGGGUCAGGUGGCAACCCUAGCUGUGAUCCUAUAUACUUCCGAAUCCUGUCUGCUCACUCUGAUCUGAAGGCAUGGCAUGCUGGGAAAUGUAGAUUGUGCUUGUGGAAGAGAGCUGGUGUCUAGGUUCCUUAAUGCAUCCCAGCAAAACUGAUCAGAUACGUAUCUAGAAGCUUUUAGUAAACCAGCAUUGCUUGAAAUUAAUACUAAAUGGAGAAGAAUCAGCAGAAAGCCAAGGCGCAGGUGUUUGAAAUUCAGCAUGAUUACACCGUUAAGAAAGAAGAGGUCUCUUUGCUCUUCCUAAGGAAUGGUUCAAAGCAACUGUAUAUUGUUAGCAAUCAAGACACAAAGUUUGGACUCCUUCAUAAAGCACCAGCUCAGCAGACUCUGCAGAAGCAGGACUUUCGUAAAGAUGUUCAAAGUGAAUUUCAUUAUGGAAUAUCCAGUAAGGUGUUUUCUGUGGAGUCAUCAGAAUGUGAGGUACGUUUACUGCUUAGUUCUGCUGAAAUCUCCCGGCUGUCAGCAACUUUCAACUUGUCUGGCUUUGUCAGUUCCUAUCUGGUAUCAGAUGAUUGCUCAAACCAUCUAAGGUCAUUGCUGGAUAAAAAAGAUUCUGCGGCUGCCCAAAAAAUCUGCAAGUCAGCAUUAAGAUUUUUCUGCCCUUCAAAAGAUGUUGCAGAGAAUGAAUUCUCCAAUACGCUAAAUGAAAUUCUUGUAAAAAAAGUGAUAGGAACUUGCAAAGAUCUCUCUAAUCAAGCAGACAUCAUGGUCUUAUGUGCCUUGGUAGCUCUGGUAGCGGCAGAUGUAGCAGCUAAGUGGGAAGAUCUAGCUGAAUUUAAGAAUAUUAAGGAUAACGAAGAGCAUAUAACAAACUCAGACGACUCUCAUCAGAAUACACAGUUUGAAGAGAUGAUAACACAUUUUGAGUUGGAGGCUACGUUGCUGCCUCUGGUGUACCAGGGGAAAAGAGUUUAUGUUGUCUUCAGGAACUCAAAAGAAAAGGAAUGGGCACUCGGAGGUACAAAAGAAACAAGUUCUGGUAACAUAUUCUCUAUUGGCCUGUGCCAUAAAGUUUUCUCCGUCUUCUUAGCUGGAUGUGUGAUAAAAUUUAUACAGAAUCUUCAAGAAACCUACUACAUGACAGCACGUUUCCACUUGCCCGGAUUUGCUAAGCAGCUUCUGAUGUCAGAAAAAUGGAGGGAAAAGCUGAAAAAUCUUUAUACAGAAAAUGAUGAGAAGGAAGAAGUGAUUGAAGAACUGUCUCAGUUUGCCAUGAGAUUUUUCUGUGCUGAGGAUUACCAGAGAGAAAUCUUUAUUAAUAGAUUUAAAAAAAUAAUGAGAGAAAAAUGCUGUGGCCGCCACAAUGUCCAAGCUGGUGACGAAGGAUUAUAUUUUCUUGGAACUUUGCUAUCUAUCAAAGCAGCAUUAACUGCAGCAUCCAUUAAAGAUGGAGACAAGGAUGAUGGUUUUGAAGAUGGGAAUAAAAACAAUGGACAAGAUGUCAGCUAUAAUGAGCCUGAGAGUACAGAGAACAAGGCAACAAAUCCUGGUGAACAGAAUAAUGAAGAAAACGAAGUAAACCAGCCUGGAACCGAAUCUACUGAAGAGAAUGAAGGAGACAAUCAUAGUGAGACAAAUAAUGAGGAGAAUGCAGCAUCUAAGCCCAAGGGAAGUAAUAUUAAUGAAAAGGAAUCAAGUCAAACAGCUGAUGGGAACACUGAGGACAAGGAAGCAAGCCAACCCAAUAAAGAUAAUAACUCUAGUGAAGGGGGUAAAAAGACUGGCUGGUUUUUUAAUUUGUUUUCCUUUUUAGGUGGUUUAUUUGUAGGACUGUCAUCUAUACUUGGUCUUUCUAAUUUGUUUGGUGCUGGUGCUGGUGCUGCAGCUUUACCUAAUAUUCCUAUUCCUAGACUGCCUAGUGGAGGUGGUUCUAAUUUACCUGAUGUGGGUCAACGAGGACCAACACCUGAUGUGGGUCAACGAGGACCAACACCUGACAAUCAUGAUUGCGCAAGCAGUCAAAAUCAGGCUAGGGAAACAAAUGUAAAUCCUGAUGAAGGUCCUAAAAAGGCAGCACAUUCCAUUAAUAAAGCUGUUACUAGGGCAACAGUUGCAGCUGGUUCUGCCAUUGGCCUUUCUGUCCUGUACUUGUUUCGCUGGAAAAUACUAAAGGCAAUACUAAACUGGCUGUUGAACAAGAUACCUAACUGGAAGAAUAUACUUUUAAUAAUGAUUUUCUUGAUAUUGUUUUCUUUUUAUUUCUUUACAGAUGAAUUCAUUAGGGUUGUCACAACCAAGCUUAUGCCUACAUUACCUACUUUGUUAAUUGCUGUAGCAGUGGCACUGUGUGUGAUGCUGGUGGCCAGCAGAAUAAAAUAAUUGCUUCUGGGUAACCCUAGGAAGGUGAAUAAAAUAUGUUCAUAUGUUUUUCACACUCAUUGGAAUUCCUGCUAGCUUAAAGGGACAUUCUAAUGCAAAGAUUAUGUAAUGUUAGCAUUAGUGACCCUUGAUAACUAUUGCUUUAACCCUUGCAAAUAUUUUAAACGCAAAGAAAAAGUUCAACUCUGGAACUACAAGCAUUGCAUGCAGUAAUUGCUGGGUUUAUGCAACUGCUGCUCCUGAUUGGCUCAACUGCUGUGUCCUGCUCAGAAGCUCUGGGAGGUGACUUCACUUAUGUGUUUAACCUCUGCAGGGGUGGGUGGGUAAAACACAUAGUUAUCUAGGGUCACUAAUGCUAAAAUGGCAUGCUCUAUUGAAUAAGAGUAUGUCAUUUUUGCAUUAGAAUGUUGCUUUAAAUGGGCAUGAAUUUAAACUUUUUUGAUUCAGAGAGAGCAUACAAUAUUAAAUAACUUUUCAUUUUACUUCUAUUAUAAAAUUUACUUUGUUUUCUUGGUGUCCUGUAUUGAAAAGUAAGGAUUUUACUGUACAUCUCAUAUGUAAAUAAAUCUGUGAUUGGCUGAUGACUAUCAUAUGAGACAGGGGACAGGGAAAUUAAAGGAAACUUUGAAAUUCAUCAGAAUUUUUUUACUGCUUGUUUAAAAUUACAUACUUAGCAUUAUAACAUUGUUUUUGUUUGAUAUUAUUCAUUUGUUUAUUAUGUAACGCUACUGUAUUUCAUGCUCCUUAAAUCAUUCUUCUAUUGAAAUUAAAGGAAUUUCUUUUUAAGUUUUAGCUAAAAAUUUCUUAGGAAGAAAUACAAUUUUAGAGGGACAGAAAAGUAACCAACUUAGGCCUCGCUUCCAUUGAGUCGUAAUUCAGUUUGCGUGCACUCGCAAACCGAUAAAUAUGCUGUCGAAAGCAAUAGCGUUUAACGACUGUUUCCAAUGGCGCGUUAUACCUCAAUAUCGGCUGCCGGACUUCGGCUGCCGAAAAGAUUUUCGCGUCCCAUAGAAAGUAAUAGAAGCCGUUAAUCGAUAAAUUAUACCAGGUUUCCAUUGAAAGCGCUAACCGUUAAUACACUGUCGGAAGCUGUCGAUACAUAGAGAAAUAUUACCCCCAGCUCAACUAGGUGUAAAAGAGGAAAAUUGUGCUUUUUGAGACCUAUUUUCUAUUGAAAUGAUAAAACUUGCAUAUAAUGCAAGUGUUUUAAUGUAGAAAUAAAUUGUUAUAAGUAAUAUUUAUUGUUGUCUCAUGUAUAGAAAUAGUUGAACUUAUAUUCUAAUAGAAAUAUCAGUAUAUAUUUAAAUACAAUAAUAUAUGCAAGAACAUAUCUACAGAAUGCAAACUAGACCUAUGCCUAGGGCAGCAAUAAAUAUUACUUAUAUUUAUGAAGUGUUAAAUAUAAUUAUAUUAGAAAAUAGUAUUUGAUUAUUAAAAAUAUGGAUAAGUGUUUUUUUAUUUUUCUUGAGAGGCGAUCACAGGUAAGAAGCACAGACGUUAAACGUAAAUUCUAUAGCGUAAGGUCGGGUUACCUUAGCAACUAAUUGAUUUUCAAGAAAUCCGACGUCAGAUGGAAGCGUUAACACAACGUUAACUUACAGCUACACGAAAAGAGCGACUGCGCGCAACACGCUAAUCUUUUCAAUGGAAACCUGGUACUAAAAUGCAGCCGUAAAUUACUUUUAGCUGUCGGCCGCUUCGGUAGCUUACGGCUCCAUUUUUAACGACUCAAUGGAAGCGAGGCCUUACUAUGCAAAAUUUAAAAUAACAUAGUUACCUCUAAGACUCCAGUGCUUGAAAACACUACUGUUUCCUGCCUUUCUACUGCCCUCUGAAUGCAACAUCAUGUGGAUUUCUUUCCUAUAUGAUCACGAUAAGUCUGAAGUUAUUCUUGUUAUUUUCUUCUUCUUUUACUGUUUAAAAACAAAAUAUUGUAAUCAAGAUUGUAAAAUGAUUAAUGUAAUUCUAUAUAAAGAGCUACAUUAAAUAUGAAAAUAUUAUUAAGCAA